GAGAGGGAUUUCACGGGAGAGAGGCGAAGGAGAGAGAGGGCUGAGAGGCUGGAGCGUGAGACGAGAGGACGCAUCUCAACCCCUGAGUUCACUCAGCCAAGUUCGACCCCGCGGCUCAGCUCGCCACACGGGGGAGUCCAAUCGUGACCCUCGCGGAGCGCGUCUCGUUCCAUGCUUUUAACGUCCCCCAAGCCACCACCUGCGCCGUCUCCGCAAAGCUUCGGGAGCGGAGGGUCCAUCUGCCCGGCCGACUUCUCUUCGUGAGGAGCCGGGUUCGACGGGGCAUUUUCAAAUUCCCCCCGAGACCCCUGGGCAGAGUACGCCCACCUCUCUUGGGGGCCCGGCCGCGAGGACUCGAUCAAAGACUAUUCGUCCCGGCUGCUGCGCGCAGGAAAGGAAGCGAGAGGAGAGGGAAGGACGAGUGAGGGAGGCAGUGAUGGGGGAGUGCGGGCGUGGGGAGCUGUGUGGGGGGUACGUGAGCGCCCGGGGUCUCCCCGUGGACCCCUUCCUGUGUCCCCGCGAAGGGGAUGAGCCGGGUCACGUGCACUGCUGCGGGUUCGCGGACUUCAAGUACUGCUGUGGGGACCCGGUCAGCUACUACGAGUAUGACUACACCUACAUGCGCGCGCUAAGUAUCGGCCUGCUGCUCGCUCUGAGCGUGGUGGCGCUCACUCUCGUGGCGUUCGUGGUGAGCGUCUGCGCCCUCUGCUUCCUCUUCCACUGCACAAAACCCAAGGCGGCGCUUCGCCACGGCCUGGCACUCGAGGCUGGAACCCGCGAGGGGGGCAGCAUCAACCCGGCCCCCCACGGCCCGCUGGGAUCUCCGCUGUUCAUGCGCAGCACUCGCAAUCAGCCCAGGGGCCCCCCAAUUGGGAUCACCCCAUGCAAGCCCCCCAGCAACAACAACGCCAACAACAAUAACACGAGCCCUAACAACACGAACCCCAACAUCCACCCGAACCCCAUCAGCAACAUCCCUUACACUAACCCCAACCCUAAUCAUAACCCCAGCAAUAUUCAGAACCCUAAUAUCACUAACACCAACAACACUAACAACCCGAACGCCAAUAUUUAACAGCAUCUACCGUAACCCUAACAAGCAUUAACCCAUCAAACACCCUCACAUCGAUAACGUCGACACUAACUCCAUCGAUGAUCCCCACUCCCACGCGUCCCUCUCGCUGUAUCUCAGUGUAAUUCCACGUGGCCGUGCGCACUGUUUGCGUUCCACGGCCAUCGUCAGUGUCCACGUUCUGAUCCGCGCGUCACGGCCGGGCGGGCUCAUGGCAGAGCGCCCUGAUUGAAAACUCUCUCCUUGGAGGCCCUUCGCUCUGUCGCUUCCCAUCGUGUAGCUCGGUUCCACCAAACCGCUCCACCACGCGGCUCUCGGCCGCUUUGGUCCCGGGCACCCUUCAGUAUCUGCCCUGGGUACACAAACACACGCACUGCUCGGCUUACAGUCGUGUCUCUCCAACGAUUUAUCUUUGGCCACCAAAAUCGCCCCUUACCACGUCUCGCGCUGCCACCAGGCGAUCUGAGACGGUGGCACGCGCUCUGGGUAUUGAGCCUCGUCUCCGGGUUGUUCUUAGAGGCUCUCUUGUUCUCCAUGUUUUUGAGAUGGCAAACGUUGGGCAGUGCAUUAUAUUCGUAUGACUAUUUUUUUACGUGCGUAUUAUAAUCCGGUGUGUGUGUGUCUGUGUGCGAGUACAUAUUUGUAAAACUGCAUUGGCACCGACACUAGGCGCAGAUGUGGGGUGCGUCUUACUUUCGGGAGCGUCGUAUAAUCCGAACAAAACGAAAAAUGUUCAGCUUUGGCCAAUAGUAGUUACACUGUGUGUGUGUGUGGGGGGGGGGGGAUUUAGCUAUGGAAGGAGGAAACCGUGGCCAAUAGCAGUUCCACUGUGUGUGUGGGUUUGACCUAUUGAGGAGGAAAUUGGAGAUCCCGGACGAAACCCACGCAGAACAGGGGGAGAACAGAGAAACUCAACAGAGAAAGGGACCCGAUUUGGGAAUCGAACCCAGGCUCUUGUUGCCGUGAGGCUCCAGAGUAACCGCUGCGCAGCCACCCUGCCGCAUGAGGCUAAAGUGAGUCUCAAGACUCUUUGGCAAGAGGGUCAUGCCUGCUUGGAAUGUUUGAGGGAAUUAUUUCUUUGGAGGGGGAAAUGAAGUCGUUGCUGUUAAAUUAUUGUUAUGGUUGUCAUUGUUGGUGCGAAUUGAAUGUCUGUAAUACAAUUGUUUAUCUCGUUUAAAAA